AUGGAGUCACCUCCGAUGGAGGAGACCGAGUUGGAUGUGGGAUCGGCGAGUGAUGAGGUGGAGUCCAUGGAGAGUUCGGUGAAGCCGUCACCCAGACCGUUCACUAUUGAGAGCUUGAUUGGAAAUAGAGGGCAGGUUGUUGGGGGCGAGAGGAAGGAUAAUUGGUGCGAUAAGAAUGGGGAUGGGAAGGGGAGUGAGAGGGACAGGGAGAGGGAACUUUUGUAUCAGCAGCAUUGUUUCGCGACGGCCACCAGUGCAUUGCCGGGAUUCGCGAUGCCACUGAGCUUGUACAGCGCUUGGCUGCCAAUGCGAAUGUACGGUGGAGGUGUGCCGGGUGGACCGAUCCUGCCGCCUCAUCUGUCGGCGAGUUAUCCUGCCCAUCAGGGCCAUCAGGCCCAGUUGCCCCAUCAUCUCAAUCUGAGUCUCAAUCAUCUACAGGGGGCUGCGUAUCCGGGACACCGGGACGCCCAACCCAGCGGGCUCACUGAUAGCGAGGAUGAGGGGAGUCUCUCGCCCGUUCAAGAUCUCUCAAAAUCUCAACACGGUUCCGAGAGCGGUCGAAUAUCCCCAGAAUCGGACGACGAGGGAGUGGCCACCGAGCCAGGUCUCUCCCAGAACUCGUCAGUCUCGUCAGCCUCGGCGAACGCCAGCAAAGGCCGCCGAAGACGAACAGCCUUCACAUCGGAGCAACUCCUAGAACUGGAGCGAGAAUUUCACGCCAAAAAAUACCUGUCCCUGACAGAGCGUUCGCACAUAGCGCACGCGCUCAAACUCUCCGAGGUCCAGGUGAAGAUCUGGUUCCAGAACCGCCGGGCAAAGUGGAAGAGAGUGAAGGCAGGUCUGACGACCGGCGGAGCGGGUUCCGCUGGUCGACAUGCGGCUCACGGACAGCAGGCCAAUGCCGGCCCUCGCAUAGUCGUGCCAAUUCCUGUUCACGUGAGCAGACUAGCUGUCAGGUCGCAUCAUCAUCAUCUCGAAAAAUGUCCAACGGGUAAUUCUGGGAGGCCGAGUGAUUCGCUGUCCUCUGGACUAUCGGGAAGACUCUCAUCUUCAAUUGUUGGUGGGUCUCAUACUCUUGGAUCUGGGGGUGGACUGAGGGCGUUCACUGCACCUGCGACCAACUCCUCGAGGAGGUAG